AACCCACCCGCCUUCCUGCCACGGCUGGUCGCGUUCUGCGCCUGCGCGUAACUUCGCCACUGCGCGCGAGUCCAGAGCCACGCCCCUUUCGGUUGGCCACGCUUAUUUUGGCCACGCCCCUGCCGCCCAGUUCCCACCCCUCUGCCCGCAGGAUCCCGAAACCCAAUGAUCCUGCAGCAGCCCCUAAAGCGAGGUUCCCCGGGUCGGGCCCAGCACGACUCGCGGGCCGCUUCGGGGACGUCCCGAGGCCUGGACUCGAGGUCACCAUCAGACUGCCUCCUUUCUGAAACUGCAGCCUGCCUGCCUCCCCAUCUCUUCCCAGGGAGCCCCUGCGCAAACAGUUCCUGUCAGAAGAGAACAUGGCCACCCACUUCUCUCGGCUCAGCCUGCACAAUGACCACCCUUACUGCAGUCGCGCCAUGGCUUUCCCCCCAGCUCUGCCUCCACUCAGGAGCCCUUGCUCUGAGCUGCUUCUCUGGCGCUAUCCUGGGAACCUGAUCCCUGAGGCCCUCCGGCUGUUGAGGCUGGGAGACAACCCUACACCCCACUACCCUCCAACCCCAGCUGGGGACAUAAUGGAGUUCUGAGUGCUGGCAGGCAGUGCCCCCUGCCCACCUUCCUUCUUCCCCACAAGGAGAACUGCACCCUCACAAAGAGACCAGCUGUCCUGUUUAUCCUCAGACCAGACCUCUGGGUACCAGGACCUCAACAGAGGAACCUCAUGGAGCCCUGGGGUGGGAGGGUCAGGAGCCUGGGAGGGAGGCACUGCACCCCCAGAACUAAAUAAAGAUUGCUGAGCAAAUGAA